AUGCACCUUUUCGGUACUUUCUCAUUGGUCAUUUGUGCUGUUUUCGUAGCUCAAGCUUGCAGUUCAAGAGGACCGCCAGGGCUGCCAGGGCCUCCAGGACCGGAUGGAAUGGAUGGGAGUAAAGGAGAGCCAGGACCACAAGGAGCGGUAGGACCUCGAGGACUAAAGGGUCCGAUUGGACCGAGGGGAGAGAACGGGCAAAAAGGACUGCCUGGGCCACAAGGACCACGUGGAGAACAGGGCGAAAAAGGGGAAGUAGGAAUCAUGGGACCAGUGGGAGGAGCAGGAGGAUAA